CCAUAUGAUGCAUAUGUAUCUACACUUCUGGCUCAGGAAGCUCAUCAAGUAAACCAUGAAGGAGUGGCUGGAACUUUGUUGAGAAUGAGAAGAAAAGCUUGGAUUAUAAAAGGCCGCAGACUAGCUAAAAAAUCCGUAGACUGCUGUGUGACCUGCAAGAAGGCAAGGUCAAAGCAAUGCCAACAGAUUAUGGGAGACCUUCCACCAGAGCGGUCAGAACCAGCUGGACCAUUUGAAUUCACAACCCUGGAUUUGUUUGGACCUUAUUGGGUAAAAGAUGAAAUAAAGAUGAGGGUGAGACUCAAAGUUUGGGGAGUUGUGUUCUGUUGUAUGGCAUCAAGGGCUAUCCAUACUGAUAUUGUCAGUGACCAAUCAACAGAAGGAUUUCUGCUGGCAUACCAAAGAUUCACAGCUUUAAGAGGACAUCCUAGGAAACUGUGGUCAGACUCAGGAUCAAAUUUUAUCGGGGCCAAGCCUGUUCUUGAGGAUCUUCAUAAGUUCCUAGAGCGACAAGACCGAGAAAAGUUAGGAAUGGAAGCAGCCAAGAAUGGCACGGAAUGGUCUUGGAAAGUUCACCCGGCAGGUUCCCCUCACCGGAAUGGUGCAGCAGAAGCGGCUGUCCGUUUAGUUAAGCGGGCCCUACUGAAUCUAGGCUGUAACAAAGUUAUGUCAUGGGGGGAAUUUCAAACUUUUCUUUACACGGCAAGCAAUCUGGUCAAUGAAAGACCUAUUGAUGCCAGGAUACAAAGUCGAGAAGACUGUGUGGAAUAUGUAAGUCCAAACUCUCUUCUCCUGGGUCGUACUGGGAGAAAGGGGGAUCAAGGAAGUUUUGAGUUUGAAGGCUAUCCAUACAGAAGGCUAAGAAUCAUCCAGGAAGAAGUCAACAAAUUCUGGAGAAGUUGGUGUCAGCUGGCAGGUCCUAACCUCUUUGUAAGAAACAAGUGGCAUACUAAAGAGCGGAACGUUGCCGUGGGAGAUGUGGUAUGGGUGGCUGACCAGAAUGCUCUAAGAGGUCAGUACAAGAUGGCCAGAGUCGUCGAUAUAAAUGCAGACAAGAAAGGAACCGUGAGAGAUGUAAUGGUCAGAGUAUUCCCCAGCUAUCCUGUCUCGAUUGUUAAACCAAACCAAGCAGAAACCGGCAAGAAUGUCAAACCAACAAAAAAGCAUUGUGACAAAAUUCCAGCUACGAUUCUGCGUAGGGAUGUGAGACGUUUGGUAGUUCUGAUUCCCAUUGAAGAACAGUAAAGACAUUUCAGCUAAGAAGUGUGUGUGACCUCCUUCGGUCAGUUGACCAGGAGCUCAAGUGGGAGGUGUUAAGUUGAAUUUGAGAGAAAGAAAAAAAAAGGAAAAAAAAGAGACAUGGUUAAAAAGUAUAAAUUCAUCAUUGGUAAAGAAGAUUUAAGAUCAAAAUGAGUGCAGCCUAUUGGUUGGGAGCACAUGGUGCAACCUGGGAGAAUCAAGGUAGCUGAUUGGUCAUUGAAACUCCACAUCUCCAAACUCCACCAGGUGUGUGAUUACUGGGAGCAAGAGGGAACUUUGUUUGCAGUAAAUGUGCUUCUCCUACUGAAUUUGGUGGGUUUUGGUGUUCAAAAUACCAAAGGAGAAAGACUGUUGAAAAGCCACAAUGUUUCAUCAACUUUGAGAUGCAACUGGUUAUUAAGCUAACCUUCUGGAAUUAUCAUUGAGACAAGUACAAAAGAAGAUCUAGUCAAUGAUGAGAGAUUUUCAAUAAACUGCUUCUAUGAUGAAGAACCA